CCGUAACCAAACCAAACAAAUGAAAUCCAGUAGUCCACAAGAUGGUGGUGAAGAACUAGUGGGGUUCCUUUUCAAGGGUUGAGAAAUCUCUUUUACGAUUUUUUUUUCAAGGAUUUCAGUCUGGAUUUACCUUCAUUAUGCUUGUUCAAGAGCCUGUUCAGGCUGCUAUUUGGCACUGUUUAAAUCAUUAUGCCUAUUCAGAUGCCAUUUUUCUAGCAGAAAGGCUUUGUGCUGAAGUGGAAUCUGAUGAAACAUUGUUUCUAUUAGCAUCUUGCUAUUAUAGAGCAGGAAAGCCCAAUCAGGCAUAUGCAGUCCUUCGAGGGAAGGGAGCUAGUUGCCCUCAAUGCAGAUUUUUACUUGCCAAAUGUUGCAUGGACCUUCAAAAAUUGUCUGAGGCAGAGAGUGUCCUAACAGGGGGAGACAUCCUAAAUUCUAAAGCACUUGAGAAGGUUGUUGCUGAUUUUGGGGACCAAGCUCCUUUUGCUCUUCAGCUUUUGGGGAAAAUAUGUUCACAAACUGAGAGAGGAACCUGUGCAGCUGAAGCAUAUAGCAAAGCAUUAAUCUUAAAUCCAUUUCUCUGGCAAUCAUUUGCUGAGUUAUGUCAUAGAGGAGAAAAGCCAGAUCCUCAGAAAAGUUUUCAAGUUCAACACUUGGAUAGUUUUGCAAUGUGCCAUGGAAGUAAUCCAGUCAUUGCCUUAGUGAACAAUCAAAGUGAUGACAGCACUACACAUUCUAGCUCUGGUGGUGGGACAGUCAGUGGCAAUGUGUCUUGCACUGCAUUUGAAUCCUCUUUUCACACAGUUAAUUCCACCCCUGUUCAGGUAGUGCAGUGUUAUUCUCAAGUUCCACGCCUCACAUUUACUCCAGACGACAGCCCAUUAGCGAAUCCACUCCCACCCUCAACCACAGCUAAAUCAUCACGGUUUCUCAGUGCCUUGUCAUAUGGUUCUCUAAGUCCUCUAACGCCAAGCUUUGGAGUCCUUCCUCUUGAGUCUCCAGCCUCAAGUGACAGUGUUACAUUUAUGUCACCUGUACAGUCAUCAAAUAUGUUGUUAGAGGCGAAUGAUCAGAAGGUGUUAGCAAAGCGCACUAGUAGACCUCGCACUCAUGUUGGGCAUAUAUUGAAUCGGAAAGAAACCCCGCUUCAAGGUAAAGUGUUCUCUCAAUCAGGGAACACAAGCCAUGCAACCCAGACAGCAGCACCACUCCCCAAUUCAUCACUUCUUGUAGGACAUCAUGGACAAAAUGUCAGGCGUAGCUCUAGGCUGUUUAGCAGCAGUAACUAUUCUGUAAAGGAAAAUAACAAAAGCCCAAGUCGUAAUAAGUUUGUUACUCCAAAAUCACCGUCAAGGAAAACUAAGACUAGAAAUAUGUCCAAAGCUUCCUUAAGCAAUAAGUCAUCCUACAAUGAACUUAAUGAACGAAAUAAGUCUACAAAUGUGAUGGAGUGUGAAAAGACUGAAACCAUUUCUUCAACAGACAGUAAAGCAAACUUCAACACAUCAUCUUCUUCAGUAAACGCCUCUCAACAGGCACUUCUACUUCAGAAGCAGUCAGCUGAAGGCCUCAUGGCAUUGUUGCGAGAAAUUGGUACUGCAUAUCAGCACCUCUCACAGUACAAUUGCCGCAAGGCCAUUGAAUGCCUGGAGGCUCUUCCACCUCAGCAUUUCAACACAGGAUGGGUUCUAGCUCUGAUGGGUAAAGCAUAUUUUGAGCUCAGUGAUUUUGAGACAUCUCUCAGGUACUUCCGGGAGGUUCGAGAUCGUGAGCCACAUAGGACUCAAAUGAUGGAAAUAAUGAGCACUGUUCUAUGGCACCUUCAACGUGAAGUAGAACUUUCAGCUCUUGCCCAAGAGUUAGUGGAGCAAGAUCGAAUGUCUCCUGCUGCAUGGUGUGCAGCAGGCAAUUGUUUCAGCUUACAAAAAGAACAUGACGCUGCUAUUAAAUUUUUCCAGCGGGCUGUGCAAGUUGACCCCAGUUUCGCUUAUGCCUACACUCUCUUAGGUCAUGAGUAUGUGACUACCGAAGAGUUAGAUAGGGCCAUGAGUACUUUCCGGUCGGCUGUAAGAUUGGAUUCUAGACACUACAAUGCAUGGUAUGGCAUUGGGACUAUUUAUUCUAAAGAAGAACAGUACCAACUAGCAGAAUUCCAUUUCAAGAAAGCUCUGGCCAUUCAUCCCCAAAGCUCUAUUCUUAUGUGUCACAUUGGUGUGGCUCAGCAUGCACUACAGAAAGCAGACAAAGCCCUUCAAACAUUAAGUGAUGCAGUGGCUAAUGAUCCAAAGAACCCUCUUUGUAAAUUCCACCGAGCAUCUAUAUUCUUUGCAGCAGGCCGCUAUGCAGAAGCUUUAAAAGAGCUAGAGGAAUUAAAGGAAAUUGUUCCAAAAGAAAGUUUAGUCUACUACCUUACUGGGAAGGUCCACAAAAAACUUGGAAACUCCCAUCUUUCCUUGAUGCACUUUAGUUGGGCUACUGAUCUAGACCCAAAAGGUGCUAAUAGCCAAAUUAAAGAUGCUAUAGAUCCGGCUAUCAGUCGAAAUCUAAGCCAAGCUGAUACAUUAGACGAUUCUACACAAACACAUGCAGAGGAAAACUAUCAAAGUGAAGAGAGUUCUGUGCCAGCCCAAGAUUCAUCCCAAGAAGGAGGAGAGUAUUCAGUGAUGCAAGGAGGAGUCGAAAGUGAUGAAAGCCUUUGACCUUUAACCCAAAAUAGUUUAAGAUCCAUCCUAAUAUAGCAUGCGCGUCCCCCUGUACUACUCAGAGUAGCUCUGAAAUUCAUUUCCUAUUAUCUCGCAUCCCCCUCUUUCCCCUGUAUUCUCAAUAAGCAAUAUCGAGAAUUUGUAGCCAAAUCACGUACAACUGAAGGAACCUUUGGUGUCAGUAUCCCACUGAGUGAUAUGUAAUAGCUUGGAAAUAAGGGAGAGAGGGGAGUGAUUCUGCUGAAAACCUUUCAUACUCUGCCUUUCGUUAACAGCUAAACUUUUCUUGUCAGGUGCUCCCUGUAUUUUGGAAAUUUUCUUGUCAUUACCUUUGUAGGAGACCUACCUCUGUUAACUUUGACUUUAAAAAAAAAGGAAAAAAAAAAACUAAAGUUUUGUAUGAGCAGUCUACUGAAAAAGCUUCUCGGCAUUACUACCGGUUUACUCUUUAGACUCUUUGUGUGGUACCUAGUAUAAAUGUGAUAUCUUUUGCACUGGAGUCAUGCUAGUUUUAUAUUAUUAAUUUGAACUGCAUUUGAUGUUGAAUUACAAUACUGUAAGUCACUUUGUCUUAAUUGUUGUAAGCCUUGACAUUACUGAGGCCUUGUUAUUGUUUCAGUAUUAGGUUCAUCAGUUAAAUACCAAAGCAUAAUCUCUGAAUUUCUUUUUCAAAUAAUGAUAAGAUUAAAGGUUAGACUGCUGACUUUCAAAUUAAAUUCCAUGGAUUCUUUUAGCCUAUAAACUAUGAACAGAAAUGUAUCAUAAACUUACAUGUUUUUCUGGUGUAAGUAGGUUUAAAUACACACAAAUACCAUUUGAAUCAUAGGUGCACCUAAGUGUUCUUCCAAUCUGACAAUAGGACUAAAAUCAUCAAAAAGCAAUGUGGUUGAAAAAAAUCAAAUCAAAAAUUUUGAGUGAAAAAUUUCUUGUUACUUGUUACUUUAAAAUAAUGGUUUGAAUCUCUGUGCCGAGAGGGAGAAGUAUUGUUCGUCAAUUAACAAAGAUCAGCUGUGUAUUUAUAAGAGACCACAUUGUUUUUCAAACUGCAGAUAACUGCCAUUUUGAUAUCUUGUGUAGGGCUGCUGUAUGACUUAAGUUUUAUAUACAUGCACUUGCAGAAAGAAAUCUGUAAAUAUUCUGUCUAUAUUUUUAAUUCUGGGAUUAUGGUAUCUCAUAAAUGGGGGAGCCUGUAAAUGAAAAUAGUGAUUGUGUGUUUGUAUAUAUCUGUGUAUGUAAGUAUGUAUGUUUGUGUUGAUAAAUUUGUGUGCUUGUGUGCUUAAAUGAGUGAUAAUGUAAACAUUUUUCUGUGUCUGCCAACUAGAUGGAAGGUGAUUCGUUCCAAGCUGACUUCACAGAUAUAGUCAAACUUGUAUUUUCCAUAAAAUAAUGUUAUGACUGUGUUAUCUGAUUUGCUAUUGUAUUCUAAUGGCACCUCUUUUGUAGGUUACCCUGUGCCCUUCCCUUUAUUAUAUUAAGUUUAGAUUCAAAAAUUAUACAGCAAAUUUCAUACUGAUUUUUUUUUUUUUUUUUAAAUGAAGGAAUGUGCAAUGAGGGGUGUUAAGUUUUUCUUUUAUGCUUUUGAUUCUAUUGUUAUAUAGUUACCUAUAGUUUGUAUCCCAAAUAACACUACUGUUUCUCUUAUUUUGCCCUUACCUCAAUAGCUUUAUGUACUUUUUCAGAAGUUUAAAUGGUAUUUCACUUAUACAUCAUUCUGAACAAAUUUUUUUCAAAGAUGAAUAAAUUUAACAUAAAUUAAUGCAGUUUGUGGCUCUGAACACCAUUAUUUCUCGCUCCAUGUGCCAUACUGUGGACCAGUUUCCUCUGCUGAAAAUUUGUUGAACUUUCUCAGCCCUUUCUGUGGCAUUGUCAGUAAAGAUUUAAAAUAUAAAAUUUAAAUUUAAAAAGUUCCCCAUACAAUUAUUUUAAUAUGCAUCCCACCCUUAAAUUUGACUGUCUUUGCUUUAAUUUUUUUAAAUUAUUAUUGUUAUUAAAGACUUGAUAAUAAUAGCCUAUGUGAAAUGCAUGCACCAUAUCCAAUUUGAAAAUUCUGUCGAGAUUUCCCUCUGACCAAUCUGUUAAGAUGUUUUUCUAUGGAAACUCUCAUGGUUUACCAGGAGGAUCUGGUAAUGUUUUCCUGUUGCCUGACAAGGAGUUAUUAUUACUCUCAUCCUCCCAAACGUAUCAGGAAUAUGAUUGCAUGAAUAAUGGUAACUGCAUGUAUUAGGGGAAAAAAAUUUGGAAAGUCUGCUGUUGAACCGUGCUUAGUUUUGAUGGUAGGUUUAGAACAUUGAAGUCAAAUAUUCCUGAAUUCAAGUGAAGGUUGAAUACUUUGUAUACAAGGUACGGCUAGACUGAUGCUGUCUUCAAGUUAGUCCCCACAGAUUCAUUCAAAGAUGGUGAGCUUGUUGGAAAUUAAAAUCAUGAUUCAUGUCAUGAGUUUGCCAUUCCUGGCGAAGGUUUAUUUCAAUUGUGUGGUGCCAAGUACAUUUACGUCUCAUGGAUAGUUUGAAGUAAGACGUCCUGUCUGUUUUCUUGUUUUAGAAGUAAAACUGGCAUUGUGGUCGAUCCUAUCUUUUAUCAACUUGGUUCAAAGGGGCAAAGCCAAGUGAUAAAUUGCCAAGGUGUGUACAUGAAGACAUUCCUCUCAAGCUCAAUAUUUCCUAGAUAAUUCUGUACUCCUUGCAAGUGGGUCUUAGUAUUAGUAAUGGCAUCGUAAGCAAUAAAUGUAUGCCUUUUGUGGCUCAUCACACUAACAAGCAAUUUAUCUUGUGCAAGAUUUUAAAAUGCAAUCAGCUUCUUUUUUAUUUAGAUUGCCUGUGAAGUCUUUCUCUCUAUUGCAGUAAUUCAAGAUUUCUCUUUGAAGUUACAUCUGUAACUGCUUUGACUUUAUGUCUUAAGAUGAGUAUGUGUGUGUGCUGCACUUAUACUGUUCAAAUGCAUGAAGCAAAAGUUGAAUUGAGCGUGGUUCUCAUUCAUUUUAAAGGUUUACUAUUCUCUGUAUGUAUAUAUAUAUAUUAUUUUCGCUAUAUUACCUCCUGCUGAUAGUAUAUUAAUUUCUACAAGAUUGGUUUAUAUGUGUUGUGUUACUUGAAUAUUUAUUUGAAUUACUUGGCAAAAGUGUUGUAGUAUAUGUUUUAAGGAACAAUUGUACGUUAAGUGCUGAGCAUUGGUGUAUGUAUAUACUUAGACUUAGUAAUGUGUUGCCUGCACAGUGUUUUCUUUUGUACAGAUUAAAAUUUAUAAAUUGAAUAAUUUACUUGAACUAAUGAGAAAGCAGUGGUUUAUUUAUCAAAAUAAAAUGGUUUAAACCCAA